UGCCCCAUAGCAAACGAAAAAAAAUUGAAACCGAUAAUGAAGAACUGAGAAUGCUUUGGAAUGCUUUGAAAAAGGGGAAAGUUAAUGAGAUUGAGAGUGGCCAGUUCCUUCUAUUUUUUGAUGAUGUUUCCUAUCUUACAGGCGAUAAUGAGCAAGGUUCCAAAAUAUCCACUCUGUUCAUCCGUGAAUGUUAUCUCCAUCUGUUUAAGAUUAUCUUUGAAAAUAUUAAUGUCCGUCGUUGGCGUAUUACUGGAAAUCCAGGGAUUGGGAAAAUCUUCUUCAGUUAUUACCUGCUUUGUCAACUUGCACAACAAAAUAAAAUGGUUGUAUAUCACAGAUAUAAUAAGCCCCCGAUUCUCUUUAGCGAGGAAAACAUUUUUAGCAGUUCCAAAGACAAUAUUCAUGAAUUCAGAGGUUACCUGAAAAAUAGAGAUGUUUGGUAUAUAGUUGAUGGCAGGGAGCCAAUGGAAUAUGUCGCCAAGACAAUUCUAAUCUGUUCGCCUCAAAAGUGUUACUAUAGUACGUUUGAUAAGCUUGGGACAACUAUUCGAUACAUGCCAGUGUGGUCUUGGGAAGAGACUGAUACGUGCAGGAAACAAGAACUCCUUCAGAAGGCAAUUAACUCAGUUAAUGAUAAGAUAUUAAAUUUUGUUGGCGAAACCACAGAGGACAAUAGCACCAGUCACAAAAUUGUUCAUAUCCGUACGAACGUGCCACAAGUAGGCGAGAAAGGAAAGGGAGUAGAGGAAGUAGAGGAAAUAAGUGAAGUAGAAGAGAAUACUGGGAAAUCUUCCUCUCCUGCAGUAACUAAGCCAGACAAAGAUAAUGAAGAGGUACCCUUCUAUACAUUGUCAAAUUUAGAUUUUGCAUCCGAUUAUGUUUAUGAAAAGGUAAUGGAUGUACUCCUAACGAAUUACAAAGAACAGUUGCAGACUUUUGUGCAAGCUAGCAAAUCAAUAAGUGAUUAUGGCACACUUCGGGGUACUAUAUUUGAGCGGAUCACCCAUGGAAAGUUAUUAAAUGGAGGGACAUUCAAGGUUCGUCCUUUAUUUGGAAAGACUACCUCUUGCUUCGGGAUAAGUAAUAGUAAUCGCAAACUAACAAUACCUCCUCGGAAAAAAUUGUUGUUCAGCAAACCUGAUGAGGUUAUACAAAACCGAUACUGUCUGUAUACCAACUCAAAAAAAUAA